AGUGAACAUGUUAAACUGCUUUGACAAACAGCCUUAAGGGUUUAGGACAGUUACUUUCAGCAAGGCAGAAGAGAUGGGAAACUCUUGUUAAGCUUUAAAUGUUUUUUCUUCAUUUUAAUAUGAAUACUGUUUCGAAUACGACAUACAUAACUCUUGAUGGUUUUGUGGAAAUACAUCAAUAUAGAUGGCUUUACUUCAUAAUUCUUUUAACUGCAUAUGUUUUCAUUAUUUGUAGCAAUUUAUCAAUUGUGUGUAUUAUUAUUUUGCAUAAGGAACUCUACAAACCCAUGUACUUUUUAAUUGCAGCUUUGUUAGUCAACUCUGUUCUUUUCAGCACUAAUAUCUACCCAAAGCUUUUGAUUGACUUCUUAUCAGAAAAACAGAUCAUAUCUUAUCAACUUUGUCUUUUGCAGAUAUAUAUAUUUUACUCUUUGAGCUUAUCAGAGUUUUUACUGCUGGCGUUCAUGGCUUUUGACAGGUAUGUGGCCAUAUGUAAGCCCCUGAGUUAUCCAAGAAUUAUGAGGCAAGCAACUGUAAGUACUUUAAUGGCUUUGGCAUGGCUGCUGCCUGCCUGUCAUUUAGCUGUACAUGCUGCUGUAAAUGUGAACUCAAAACUCUGCAGAUUAACAGUGAAAGCAGUUUUUUGCAACAACGCUUUUACUGCUUUGUACUGCUUCAUUCCAAAAAUGCUUUUUAUCUAUGGUCUGACAACUGUAACAAAUAUUUGGAUCUGCCCUCUGUUUUUUGUACUUUUUUCAUACACAAAGAUACUCAUAGUUUCUUGCAAGAGUUGUGGAAAAAUCAAGAAAAAAGCUGCACAAACCUGUUUGCCUCAUUUGCUGGUUUUAAUUAACUUUUCUCUACUUACGAUUUAUCAUGUUAUUGUUGUCAGAGUGGCAUAUGGUUUACCGGAUAUGAUCAAUUUUAUACUGACAAUACAAAUAAUAAUGUGCCAUCCGCUUUUGAAUCCAGUUAUAUAUGGCCUGAAAAUGAAAGCCAUUUAUAAAUAUGUCAAAAUCUGGGUUGCUGGAAAAAAACUAAGAAGUUAG